AUGAAGUUCUCCAUGAUUGACAAGCUGUUCCUGCUCAACGCGCUAGUCGCGAGGGUCACAGCAACGCCCACGUCAUCAUCGCUGGUCUCCGUGUCUGUCAAUCCCAAGGUUCAGUUCCAGGAAAUCGACGGCUUCGGAGCCUCUCAAGCCUUUCAACGUGCAGAGGAUAUCUUCGGAAAAUAUGGUUUGCCCGCUGUGAAUCAGAGCCUCGUUCUGAAUCUCCUCUAUGACAAGGACAUCGGCGCGGGAUUCACCAUUCUCCGGAAUGGAAUUGGCUCCAGUAAUACUUCCGACAGCAACUUCAUGAACUCUAUCGCGCCGACAAAUGCGGGGGGGCCCGACGCAAAGCCCGAGUAUGUCUGGGAUCACUACAACAGCGGCCAAUUCCCUCUCGCCCAACAAGCCUACGCUCGAGGUCUUCAAACCCUGUACGCUGAUGCUUGGUCAGCCCCGGGUUAUAUGAAAACCAAUGAUGAUGAGAACAAUGGUGGCUACCUCUGUGGUGUGACCAAUGAGUCGUGUGCAAGUGGGAAUUGGAUGCAGGCUUAUGCCAAUUAUCUCGUCCAGUACGCGCGCUUUUACAAAGAGUCCGGAGUAGACGUCACACAUCUGGGCUUUUUGAAUGAGCCUCAGUUUGCUGCUAGCUAUGCUGGAAUGCUUUCAAACGGCACGCAAGCAGCUGACUUUAUUCGAGUGCUAGCCAAGACUAUCAAAAAGUCCGGUCUCAGUCUCAAGAUCAAUUGCUGUGAUGGCAUAGGCUGGGAUGACCAAGAAGCGAUGAUGGCCGGUUUGGAAGCGGGUCCUGAUCCAGCUAUCAACUACCUCGACGUCGUGACUGGCCACGGAUAUGAUUCCGCGCCCACUUAUCCUCUCAGUACCAACAAGAAGACCUGGCAGUCCGAGUGGGCCGAUUUGACUGGAGCCUUUACUCCUUAUACUUUCUACGAAAACGGGGGUCCUGGAGAGGGACUGACUUGGGCGAAUCACAUCCAGGUUGCCCUGAGAGACGCCGAAGUUAGCGGGUUUCUCUACUGGAUUGGGGCCGAGAACUCCACUACAAAUAGCGGCCUGAUAAACCUCAUCAACAAUGAGGUCAUUCCAUCUAAGAGAUUUUGGGCUUUUGCUCAGUUCAGCAAGUUCGUGCGUCCUGGUGCUCGUCGCAUUGCAGCCGUUAGCUCUCACGCAAAUCUCACCGUCAGCUCGUUCGAAAACGAAGAUGGACGCAUUGCUACGCAGUUGCUGAACCAGGGUAAUUCAGACGUUGAAGUCAGCGUAGUGAUAACUGGUCUGAAGUCGGGUGUACGGGUCAAGCCUUACCUCACGAAUAACAAGUAUGAUUUGGAACCCCUAUCUUCCGUCUCCUUGGGAAAUGGCGGAUCAUUCAAGGCUGAGGUUCCUGCAUGGUCAAUGGUUACUUACUUGACUAUAUGA